CUUACAUUUACAAUCCACCUGAUCAAUCAAUUAUCAGUGAACGGAUCAACUAUAUAUAUAUACACAGUUUCUUCAUCUUAUUCCUAAUCAGCAUUUCAUCAAACACUUGGUGUGCAACAUUUUUCUACAUAAUAAUAGCUAGUUAUCAGAUCGGGACGAAAGGGGAAUGGUUCUCCCACUACUAAAGCUCGGUACUCUCGCAUUGAAAACUUUAAGCAAACCCAUUGCUAAGAGGCUCAAACAACAGGCUGCAAUUCACCCCAAAUUUCGAACUUCAAUCAUCGGUUUUGCACAGGCAAACCACAGGCUAACAACGACAAUACAAAGACGAAUUUAUGGGCAUGCAACAGAUGUCGAAAUUCGGCCGUUGGAUGAGGAGAAAGCCGUUCAGGCAGCUGGGGACCUUAUAAGUGAACUCUUUGUCUUCUCGGUCGCCGGAGUAGCCCUCAUUUUUGAGGUGCAAAGAAGUGCUCGAUCAGAAGCCAAAAAAGAGGAAGCCCGCAGACAUGAAAUGGAGGUUAUGAGGCAACGAGACGAAGCUUUAGCAGAAGAAUUAGAAUCUCUAAAGCAAAAAAUUCAGGAACUUGAGCAGCUUGCCAAAGGAAAAGGACUUGCAGGUGUCUUGAACUUCAAAACCGUUCAAACGCAAAAUGCAAAUUCAACAACUCCACCUUGAUUUGACCCAUCCUACCCUAAUGCUUUUCCCUUUCAUACAAUUAUAGAUCAUGGGUAUUGAUUGAUGAGAAACCUUUCAUUCUUGAUUGUUGUUAUCUAGUGCUAAUACUAUUCAUUCCCAAAUAAAAGGGUUGACCCAUUUGUGUGGUAGUCAAAACAAGAUUUGUCGGUUGAUAGGUCUAGGUUAUGGUUAUGGUAUCCUAACUGGUUGAUGCCAAUUUCUUUUCGCUUAUUGGUAUACGGGUGUAAUAUGAAAUUAUUACUUUUUGAUAAUGUUGUAUAGGGGACUUGUCUCUUAUUGCAUAUUGUUAUGAUAGCACAAAUUUUUGGGCA